CUUGUUACUCGUCUGCCUUGCCUAUCUACUUCUUUCCCGGAUCUAGAUUCGACCAUUCGUUCCUCUUAUCGCCAAUCCCGCCCUCCGCUUCUACUCCUCCCCCCAGUCCGUCCUCGCCCCUCGGUCCAAAAACAAAGAGUCCGUCCGGACCCUUUUUCUCUCCCAAUGCCCUUCACUUGUUCGCUUCCAUCGACUCACGAUGGCUACCAUCGAACCACGACUAAUUCAUCUGCUGAACGAGUCGACUACUACGCCACGGCCUCGCCAUGCUGAACUUCCACCAAUGAAAAUUCUCCCACCUCCCAAGUCCUCUGGCCGCUUCCAUCCUGUCGAGUCCGAUGCUAAUCAGAGGUCCGAAACUUCGGACACCACCGUGAGCCAAUUGGCCUCGCAAUCAAUGCCAUCCUUAUAUUCCAUGGUUGACGAGAGUUCUACCUCAAAUUCUUCCGGACUGAGAAACGAUGUCGGUUACCCCUCGGACCGCGCUCUAUUAAGUCACAUUUCGUCCCAGGACCUACGCAUGAUACUUGACGACGUACCAGAUAAUGCCGAAGAUCUAGGGAAGAAGAGGCGGCCAGUAAAAGAGGAUUUCGUGCAGCUACCACAGCCGCUCAAGAAGCAGAAAGCAACUACGCAACAACAUAGAUUCCCUCCAAUUAUAGUGGGUUUACUUGAACCACCAUCUGAUGCUUCACUAUUCCCACCAAUCUCCUCCGGAUCUUUUGACAAUCGUCCACACUCCGAACCUCCGCAAGCUCUUAGUAUCACAAAACCACCCGAGCCAUCAAAUCCGGUUGAAGAAAGGGCAAACCCGAGUCCUCCACCCGAACCCGAACGAACCCCAACAGGGAAGGUUAAGCGACGGGCUGCCAAGCCGCGACGUAAAUGGUCGGAAGAGGAAACGAACCACUUGUUGCUCGGUGUGAGUAAGCAUGGAGUAGGAAGAUGGACGGACAUCUUGGAGGACCCCGAUUACCAAUUCAACGACAGGACAGCGGGAGACUUAAAAGACAGGUUUCGGACUUGUUGCCCCGAGGAACUCCGUGCAAGCCCAGCAGUCCGGGGUGAUAUUUCCAAGGAAAAGCAGCCAGUGGGCCGACCUAAGGAAAAACCUACGAAAGGGCUGAUGUCCGAAAAUAUACUCAACGAGACAGAAGAGGAAGCCGAAGCUGAGCAGGCCCAGUCAGUCCAGAACGACUCUGAUCCUGCGCCUACGAGACAGCGGAAGAGCCGAGCUCAUCGCAAGAAGAUGGAAGACCUAGUUGAACUGGGCAUCAAAGGACCAUUUAAGAAAUCGCAUCGAAGGGAGCGACGGCCAUUUUCCGACCAAGAUGACAGGGAAAUACUUGAAGGAUUUGAACUUUAUGGCCCUCAAUGGACCAAAAUCCAAAGAGAUCCUAGAUUCAACCUUUCCACUAGACAACCGACAGAUCUACGAGAUAGAUUACGAAAUAAAUAUCCCGAAAAGUUUGCGGGUACAGAGAAGACUGCCAUGCAAGUCAGAGAGCCAGGAAGAGGCAACAACUUAUUGGAGCCCUCUGUUAAUAUGGCUAUCGAGAAUUCGUUGCAUGUUUCUAAAUCGACUUUACUUGAACCACACCUAAAUCGGGCUAACUCAAGAGAAGAUAUGCCAAAGUGGCCUCUACCUUCCAGUCUCAUGGAGAAUGGCGAACCGGCCCAUCCAGGUCUUUACUGGACUGAUGGUUCUGGGGCAGCGUUUACCUCUGGCGCUAUAGGAGAAAUGGAUAUAUCCCGUCUUCUCCUUGACGAUUCACAAGGUACAAAUGACCCCUCUCCGGAGAGACGCGGUCUAGGUUGAAAUAAUAUCUAUACGUUAAAAGAGGUUAAAGAUUGAAAAUACGGCUUAGUUACAGGUUUAUUUUUGACGGAACGCUCUCAGGAAAGCCAGCGUCGUCGAUGGAUACGGCCAGAACACAACGUUCUACACGUUAGUUGAAAGGACAGUACAGGAUAACCCACCGCGUGGAUGAAUUCAAGUCAGUAUCUGCCAUAAACCGACCCAAGUGUGUCGAGGCCUUUCGGGAGAAAUUUUAUAGCCGAUGAUAUAUUACAUCAGACAUGGAGCCCCUAGUAUUACAGGACAUGUAUGUGUAUAAGGGUGGAUCAUGAACCAAGGUUAUGAGUAAAAUAGGUAUGAUACAUGCAAGGAGAUGAAAAGAGGAAUUGAAACUGUACGAAAGCAAUUCAAGGCUUAAUAGCUACGCCUGAGUAAUACCAAAAUUCAUUUUGACACCUUCUAUGAA